GUUGGUUGCCUUUGCUGUGAAACUUCUAUUCUUCUUUCCCAGUCAGUAGUUCUUUUGGCUUUUUAUACACUAAACAUAGUGGGAUCAAGUUGUAGCAUUACGUUAGGUGCAUGGAACCAAAAGACCUAUUGUGUUAAAUAGAUAACAUUGUGGAAAGAGUUAUUGGGUUAUUCUGGGCUUCUAAAUCAUAGUAAAAGACAAAUAAGAUACUAGGUUGCAUUAACUAAUACGAGUAUUAUGUAAAUCACAAGCUGUACUGUUGGCAUUUGAGUGAUCAAAUCUCAUUUUGAGGAUACUGUAUGUAUCUGGUCACCCCUCAUGAUGUUGCUAUCUAAAGGGUUGUAACCAACAUGGCUUGAGGGAUCAGGAAUUUGCUUUAUGGAAAGUUUAGGGAAAUUGAGCCUGUACUCGUGGCAAAAAUGGAAGGCACUGAGGUAAUCUACUUUAACAUUGAAAAGUAUAAUAGGGCUGGACAAAAAUUAAUGAAAGGAAAUUGUUCAUUGAAUACCAGGGAACACCAAUUUGUUUUGUUUGGGAAUAAGAAGGAAAGUCAGAGCAAGCUGUUAACUGAUAUGCAAUGGGUUUGUGAAAUUUUACCAGAAAAAGUAAUUGGACUGUACGGUACAAAUUCGGUAGCUAAAAUGGAGGAGAUUGAAAGAGAUGGUGUCAAAAUUGUUCCAGGCAAUUUGAUGCAUUAGCUGUUUCCCAUUCUUAGAAAUUCUUGUUUAGUUAUAAACUGUAGCUUGAUGUUUCUAUUUGCAAUAAAUGUUUUGAAUGAACUCUCUGAUGCCAUGGUUUCUACAAGCUUAACUGGAUUGUAGAAAUGUUGGCUUGCCUUGAUCUUUGCCACUAUGUGCCACAUGGUGGAGACAAUGACUACACUGUUGCUAAUUUUCCACAGCUAAGGGUAUGAAAUCGAUUUAACUAUUUGCUUAAGACUUUCUAACUUGUCCUGGGGGUGGGAACGGGAAGAGAUUACUUCUGUUUCUAACAUUGCCUAUAAUAAAACCAGUUGAAUUAUUUUCUUCUCUGGAUCGCACAUUUCCUAAUAGGGUAUGAUUCAAGGUUCUCUUCCUAUGCUGUCCCAUUAAACUUCCACUGCAUUAUUGUGCCAGCUAUAUGAAUUAUAUUUCUACAGCGUUGUUCAUGUGACAGUGAGAAAUUUUGUGCUUUUUAGGAUAUAGAACAGUGUCACACAAUAGAAAGGAGUUAAUUGUCAAAAUCAUAGUUGGAGAAGAAGCUUUUAAAAACUGAGUAAGUGGUGAUAAGAUGGAAGUAUUGAUGGAGUUCCAGAGGGCAGCAGUGUAAUGGCUGAAGGAGUAGAGGUCAAUAAGCGGAGUGGAGGGAGAAGGAAACAAAUAACACACUGGCUUUUGAAGGGCCAUAAGGCUGGAAGAAGCCACUGAGUUGAUAACUAUCUUUUGAGUCAUCACAAGGCAAUUUCGGUAUUUAAUACUUUCUAGUGUUUUUUUUCUCUUUCUCAACUUCCACCACACUCUGCAACAAGAACGCAGGUCAUUGCCAAGCUUCUUCCAAAUUUGGUUCAACUGGGAUCGUGGAUGGAAAAAUAUCUACUGAUCCAUUGCCUCAGCUGCUCCGAGCAACAUUUCCAGUACUAGACAGGAGUAUAUUCAGAUGUUAGGAGAAUGGCUUUCCCAUAGGGUGACAGGAAAAAUCUAAAGGAGUCUUGUACAACUACUUCUGGCCUUUUGAUAGAACAAGGAGGCAGCUCACUUCCCAGUUGCCUCAAUAGCAAUGAGGCUUCACAUCUGGUUGCUGGCAGUGAGUGCUGCUCUCCUGCAAGGCUGCUGUUCUACUCCGUUUUCCUAUUUUGGUGCCUCGUUUGGCUUGGAAGCUUCAUUGGUUGGUGACAUAUUACAGGUGCAUAUCUAUUACAGAGGAAUCAGCUUACCAUGCUCCCAGAGCUUAGAUGGAAUUUGUGUUGCUUUAAACUGCACUAAUUCCAGAACGCAAACAGUGGGAGACAGCAACCACUCUACAACCUGGUGCAUGCUAGAUGGAGGGAUUAUAAUCCAUCGCAACAACACGAGUCCACUACACAUAAGGCCAACUGGUUGUUGUUGGUCAUCAUUCGUGGGAUCUCAAAGGGAAGCAGAAAGCCUUCAGUUUGCAUUUUCCUUAUUGGCAGAUUUGGGAAAUCGCUCAGAUAAUGUAGCUAUCAAUGCACCUCCUCAACCACCUCUCUUACCCGUCUUAAGGGUGCCUCAGAAUUGCACUGCCAACUAUAACCUUACCAUAUAUGAGAGGGAUGGAGAUAUUCUGAGAUGUCAUUAUGGGCUACGGGCAAGGCAUGAAUGCGCCCACUGUACCCAACAUCCAUUCUUCAUACUAGAUCAGGAAAGCUGUGUCCUUCAAUACAAUGGGCGUGGGACUUAUGGCACAUACAGCAUAGAACUGAUAAUUGAAGACUACUCAAGAGAAACCAUCCUCCUGACACACAGUGAUGGCACACAGACCUUGCACUCUGCUUUUGAAGAAGCUUCCUCCACAUCAUUCAAUCAAAGCGCUAAAGCCUUGAGCUCAAUUCCAAUGCAAUUUGUGGUAAUUGUGGACAGGGCUAUGUCAGAAUGUGCAUUUGGAAUAUUUCGGCCUGUGUUUAUUCAUCCAACACCUCCAAAUGGAGCAAGAAUACCUGCUUCACUUUAUGAUGAAGUCACCUUUACAAUAAGUGCCAUCAGUCUAAAUGAAAGAAUCACAGCCUUUACAAUAGUGGGUCCCCGUGGAUUACGCAAAUCAGAUACUUGGAGUGUCAACAAUGACAGAUCUUUGUCUGCAAAUGUUUCUUGGUCAGUGGGAGUUUAUGAUGCUCCAAAACAAGUUCCAGUGUGCUUUCUCUCAAUAACUUCAUCAGGGCUACAGUCGGAACCACAAUGCAUCUGGAUUGUGCUAAAUAGAGUGCCUGUUGAGAGGUCACUAAGCCCAGAUCUCCAGUGCUUGACUGAUGCAAUGAUUCUGUCUGUCCCAAGAAGUUUGGUAACAAACCUGCCAGAUCGUAAUCUGCAGCUCAAUGAUGCUUCCUGUAACGUCACUGGUAAUAACACUCACCUCUUGCUGAAGAUCCCCCUGUCAGGAUGUGGCACUAAACUACUGGAAGAUGAAUCUCACUACAUCUUCACAAAUAAAAUCAUCAGCCGGCGCAGAAAUAAAACAUUGACACAGACAGGAAGAGUGGCCUUCCCAAUCACAUGUAAAUUCCAGCGAACCAAUAAUAGCAGCAAAGAUCCCAACUUACUGAACAAUACCACAGAGAGGUUGUUUGGAGACUACAGCUUUGAGAUCCAGUUCAGCAAAGAGUUCAACUCCAGCAGGAGAACAGCCAAGGUCCAUGCUCCAUUUGACGCCAACAGCAAUGACCAUUUAUAUAUAAGAGUUAUUGCCAAGAGUAGUGUGACUACACUCUCACUAUAUGUGGAGUCUUGCCAGAUGUCAGAAGAAUUUAAUUCUUCAACAGGAGUUAUGCUUUUACAUCAGGGGUGCUUAAAUAACAGCACGACAGAGGAACAUCAAACCGGAAACCGGAAGGAGAAAGUAUACUCCAUCAAACUGUCCUCUUUACCACAGCGCACCUCUCAGAUUUUUGUUACCUGCAAUGUCCAGUUAUGCACCAAUGUAUAUAAUUUUAAACCAUGUAUGCUGGGAUGUGGCUCUGACAACAGUUCACAGAUGGAACAGUCAGACAUGCAGCAAGUCAGCGCAGGACCAAUUCACAUCAAAAAGGAGAGUGACUUAGGUCCUAAUUACGCUGCCAUCACAGUUGGCCUAGUGUUAGGAGGCACCGUGGUCUAUGUCGUUCUCAUCUUGUUGAAGAGAUCAUUUGUGGGACUACACUAUAGGAGUGUGACUAGAAAUUCCCCUCGAACCAGACCAUUUUGAUAAAAGAAAACUGAACAGUGAAGCACUGGGACUGACGUGACGUAAUGUGUAUAUCUUUUCGUUGGCAAUUACCUCCUACAACUCCCUCUGCUGACAGUUAGAAGUCUCACAAACAGCAUUGGGUGAUAUCAGAAUCAUGCUUUGCUCGUUUUGGGCUUGGAAUGAAUUUAGAAUUUAUUUUCUGGGUUUGAAUUCCAUUUCUAUAUUUUUGCCAUUCAUAGGCACAAAAGUAAAUCAUCACAAAAAUUUUUAGAAGACCCAUUACAUGAAUCAAUAAACAACUCAAUCACAGAGGAACUCGGUGGUAUAAAAACACAAAACUGUGGAUGCUGGAAAUCCCAAAUAAAAAAUACCUGGAAAAACUCAGUAGGUCUGGCAGCAUCGGCGGAGAAGAGUACAGUUGACAUUUCGAGUCCUCAUGACCCUUCAACUUGGUGGUAUACUGGGCUAGGCCAUUGUUCUUUCACCUCCUGGACCUGGCUUCAAAUCCUACUUGCCCUGAUUAAAUGAGUCUCUUCUU